AUGAUUACCGCGUACCGGAGGAUAUCCACGGCAAAACUCACACCCAUCUAUCAAUCAAGGUUUGUCAUCGUGAUGUCACUUGGAGAACACUCGUGUGGUGUCAUCUUUGCCCUUCUCACGAUCUUCAUGAGCCCCAUUCCUGCCACAUCGUCAGUGGAAGGCCCAACAAAACCACGUAUUUUUGUUCCACCCUCAGACACAUUCUCAGCUGAAGGGGUUUUGGAGUUUGUGUGCCAAGCGGAAGGUGUGCCGAAACCGGUAAUUCAUUGGUACGACGCAACCAAUCAGCAACAAGUUGUUGAUCGAGUGCCCACAAGCGGAUCCACCUCAGGAAUACAUGUGAAUCAGCAUUACGGCCGCUUGAUGGUAUCUAACCCUACAAAAAACAUGAUUUAUACAUUUUACUGUAACGCGUCCAAUAGUGUCGGAUGGACAGUUAGCCAUCCCCCUGUAAAAGGUGGUCUUGCUUAUUUAGAGUCAAAAUUUGUCCAACUCCCUACGGACCAGAUAGUGCACGAGGGGGACAAUGUUGUGCUUGAGUGUCGUCCACCAAAAGGUGUACCUCAGCCGAAGGUAGUGUGGCUGAAACAAGACAAGGUGAUUGCUACUCAAGAAUUAGCUAAUGCGACCACUCAGAACGGACAGUCCCAAGCCCAAGUGACUCAGCAUGGGAGCCUGAAGUUGUACGCUGUUGGGAGAGCUCAGACCGGCAUUUACACUUGUGUUGCUAGUAAUAUAGCCGGCCGCGUUCAAUCACCCACAGUUCGCCUCACAGUUGAACCACGUGUUCAGUUUAUCGAAACUCCUAAAGACACUCGAGUAAGGCAGGGAAUGAGUGUGAAGUUCAAGUGUUUAACAGAAGGCAAUCACAUGGUACAAUGGAGCAAAGAUUAUGGGAAGGGAAUGAUUGAUCCCACAAGAGUGGAACUGGCCGAGGGAUACCUUUUACUGAAGAACGUACAACUUUCUGACAGUGGAACCUACGUCUGUUCUGCACCGGGCUCCGUUACGACAAGUGCUGUUCUGACAGUGGAGACACCACCAGCUUUCUCCCGUACGCCUGAUGAUUUGACCGUUAGGGAGGGUGAGACCGCGACUUUCGAGUGCAUCACUACAGGUUAUCCAAAACCAUCCAUCUAUUGGGAGCUGGCAGAUAAGACACCUAUAUUCCCAACGGAGAGUGGUACUGCAAUGCACAGUCCGAUCCGCUUUUAUGUGCACAAAAAUGGUCGUUUGGAUAUACGAAAUGUUCAGCUCAGUGAUGCUGGCAAGUACCAAUGCACAGCGCACUCAUCUGUCGAUCGCAUUCAUUCAACCGCUACGCUGCACGUUAUUCCAGGAGCAACUGAAAGAACUAACAGACCAAUAUCUGGAAAAUAUGAACCAGCGGUGAGAGGCUGGUCACCCUCACACUAUUUGCUUGUCCCGGUUAUCAGUCUUCCCCCAGUGAACCAAACGCGCACGGUGGGGGAGUUGGCGACAUUAGACUGUGAGUUGGGUGUGAGCAGGACAAGCGCUGGACUGAACACUCAAGGCACUCUUGAGUAUUACCCUCUUUCGACAACUUCCGAUUGGACUGUCAGCUGGGCGAGGGCGACCGUGGGCACAGGUGGGGUUGCAGAAGAUUUGGACUUCUCCGGUUACGCAGAUGAGCAUCGUUUCAAUCUCCUCCCUGGUGGGAGUCUACAAAUUGUAGACAUUAUCGAAGAAGACUCUGGGUUUUACACUUGUACUGCCAAAGCGCUAGUGCGGGGGCAUGAAUUCGAAGUAGCGCAAAUCAUUCAGUCAAAUUGGACAGCCCAUUUGAAGGUGGUCCCUAGAGGAACUCCUAUCCCAUCAGACGAUAGUCAAGAGAACCCAUUGUCGCCUCCCCGAAACCUUCAAGUUACAAACCGCACAGAUACUACACUUACUUUGGCCUGGGAUCCCGUGUCAGCCGACGAAUCUAAUCAGUUGCACGAUCCGCAUCGUCGUAUUGCGUAUUGGGUCCAGUUUUAUCGUGCUGAUCAACCAUACUCUGGAUGGAUGACGGUAGAAAAAAAUUGGAUGGCAAAUGUGGUCAAAAUCGGCGGCUUGCUUCCAAAUACUGCUUAUUACUUUCUGAUCCGCCCUCGCUGGAGUUACGGUCGUGUCGGAUGGGCGAGUGCUCCACUUGGACCAAUUGGCACUCUACCUGAAGCCCAAUCAUUUCAUCACCAAGUUAUCGAUGCGCAGUUACUAAGUGCGAUUCGUAGUAUGCAAAUCCAACGUGUGCAACUGUACGCGUUGACUCCUAGACGUCUUCGUGUCAGCUGGGAAGUAAAAGAGAAAACUGCUGUUCUCGCACUUAUCACUGGAUAUACGGUCUACUAUAAGAAAGCUAGUCUGCUUGCUUGUGUCGCUAACGAUCUGGACUUAGUACAAAGUUCAUCGGUGUCAGUAGAGACAGCAGACGUCUACUGCAGUUUACAACGUCGCCCCGGAUAUGCACCGGACGAACUGUAUUCGCGAUUUCAAGAGUUACAAAGGCUUCGUCAGCUGAAAUCCAAAGAUUCAGCCCAAUCAGUGGAAACAUUGAAUGUGGACGCCAGAUUACAUGAAUCUUUCCAGCAGUUACGGCUAGAUAUCUCUGACCCAGCAGUUUAUGAGGGUACUGGUCUCUUACGUGACCUUGAUCCCUUCACGUGUUAUGAGAUCAGCGUGAAGGCACACUUGACUGAUACCGUCUUGGGGAAAAUUGAAGGUCGUGCGAGCAAAGCAAAUUCUGUGUUAACAUUUGAAACAUUCCCUAGCCAUCCGCCGGAGCAGAUCUCAGCCAAAUGGGUAGCUACCGAUAGUGUGGAGCUCAAUUGGGUCGCACCUCCGGCAACUAACUGGAACGGACUGCUGACCGGAUAUGCUGUCUAUGUUUAUGAUGAAUUGGCUCACAGUCAUCAAGCUUUCAACGUCAGUUAUAUGGAAAUAAAAACACGUAUCGGAGGGCUGACUAGUCCGAACGCAUAUUUCAUCCAGAUGGCAGGAAUGACUUGCAAAGGAGUGGGCAUUCGAAGCAAACCUCUUCGCUUGGAUCCCCGGCUAAAAACCAUUGGGCUGGGUUCCGGCUGGGGCUAUGACGACACCAAUGGACAGUCGCUGUCAAUGGUGCACCAGAAACAGAACAACGGACAACAUUUUGCUGUUCAACCGUGGUUUAUUGUGACGAUGAUUAUCAGUCUGCUACUGUGGGGAGCGCUGAUGGGGCUGAUUGCGUUUUGCUGCAAGCGACAACGCUACGUCUUGCGGAAGGCGGCUGGUAGUGUUAUGCUUACUAAUGGACCUCAUUGCGGAUCUGUUCUUGGGGACUCUGGAACCAUCAGUGCUAAUACUUCCGGCUUGACUGAGCCAAUGCGCUCUACUGGACGUUACAAAAGACAGCGUGAUCAUUUACAAGUGGAGUCGCUCCUGCAGCCUUCCUCAACGCACGGAGAAGCAGUUAUAACGACAAAUCAAGGUAUCGGCGUUAACAUCAUCAGAUCGGAUCCUUUCUCAUCGGCGCCAGAUCAGUCUGCUUACUGUACUUAUUCCGUGUCUAGUGGUGUUGAAUUUUCCCCCAAUCAGUGGCCCACGAGAAAUGGAGAGUCGCAGGUCAGUCGCACUUUUCAUCCCGAAAAUAUUUCACCUGCCGUUUACACAAUGAAUGGUUCUUUGAACGCAAAUUCUCAGCGGCUGCGCUCGACGAUGGCAGGGUUUCCGCACGUCAUCGUUACACAUCCGCUGGGUAUUCACUCAUCUACUGCUGUACCAAUGUAUACCCCAUCCUAUUGUACACAAUCACCCAAUGCUUACUUGACAUAUCAACCACAAGUUGUCUCUCUUUCCCAAUCCAUUAUGGAAUUUUCGAACCCCACAUCAGUAGGUGAGCGACCUGGCGGCUUUUGUUCAGUCGCCAAGCUAGGUGUGGUUGGGGCAAGUUGUCUUCCUCCAAUUUCUCCCGUGGCCCAAUUGGGAAGUCCACAAGGACCAGUUAUCGAUCAGCAACACCCGUCUUUCGUGGUGCAAAACACGGGGCACACUGUUUCGGUGACCCCAUAUGCUACAGCCUCCAUUAUUAAGAGUAGCGUACACUCCAACCAGUUACCUCGAGUUCGAGGAGAACAGGGGUGGGAAGAGGGGCAAUUCCAUCCAUUUGGUCCUAUUCCAGUCAGUUCGUGCCCAAACGAACAUCGCUCUGAACAAUCAUCAUUCUCUUCAGGCGACAGUUGCAUAACCGAUGUCCCAUCAAACAGGGUUGGUAUGCUGCAGCUUGAAGUUACUCGUAAUAGGGUAUUUUCUGAACGCGCAAACAGCACCCAUGCACAAAUGGCAAACACCAGCCCGCAAAUAUCUUUUGUCAUGGAGUUCCCGAACGAACACAUCAUCCGCUCAUUGACACCAGCCAGACCUGCUUAUGUAGCUUCUACAAAAGACACUGAAGGAACUCCUUCUACACAGAGCAAAUCCGAAUCCACGGCAUCGACAAGCACUCGUCCAAGUGAUGAAAAGCCGAGGGAGUGGCGCAAUACUUCGCCGGACUCGGUCAACAAUGCGUCCUCCAGUGUACGCCAAGUAACCGUAGUUGAAUCAGGGAACCAGAACCAUGAGUUACUUGUUGACAGUGUGUAUUCAUUUGCGGACGAUCACGCUAUACCACCGCCUCCUGCGUCUCCUCCACCACCUGCACCAUGUCGCCUAAUGAACGGAUUUUAUAAUUCAAAGGAAUCCUUUAACUAUCAUUUUAGCGAAAAGGGGUUUCAUUGCAACACGCAAAAGAACGCAUUACCAGUAACCGAACCGAAUACACAACAAACUCAUGCAAUUAAUGGAUAUUCACAUGCGGUGUAUGACUUAAACGCCGAAUCCUCAGAUGAUGAACACGGGUCUAUAGGUGCCGACAGACUUCAACCUCCCCACUCCACACAUGCAAACUUCCCGCGGUCAGAGCUAUCACACCACGAUGACUACACCAAGCGUCAAGUACUUCGGCCCAAUUGUGAACCCAUUAUGCAUCAGUUCAGAAAGGAAGAAGCGACCAAUUCUACUUAUGCACAAGUGUAUUGAAUUAACAUGCUUUCAGUCUCCGGUGCCCAAAAGCUCCGCCCACGCAGUCUGCAAUGGAAAUAUCAUAGCUGGUAGAAAGACGCAUUUUCGCCUUCCCACAAUGCUGUGCAUGUCAAAAUUGCCCAAAGAGAUGUGGCACAUUAUUGGAUACAGAUCUACAUCAUCUCAUCUAGUCUUUCAACAACUUCUUAUCCAAUGGACGCCGUUUUCUGUACUCGUAUCAAUUAUUUAAUUCUUCAGCUUUCCUUUUAUAACGAAGAGGGCUGCACAAGCCUAAAUGGUUCACGGAGUUUUCAACAAGCUUGUAGAUAUUUUCAGCCUGAGUUUGCUUUUGACCUACUCAAUUUUCGCUAAAUUUCGAUCGAUCGCCUCUGACAUCCUGCAACCUAAAAUUUUCCAUUUUUUCCUAGCUCAAAACUUGAGCACGGUUAGCAAGUAAUUUCGAUGUGCGAUUUUUAUCGAUUCUGUUCGAUACCCUUUUAUCGAAUUAGUUUGCUUAAACGCAACUCUGUCGCUAUCUUUCUUGCCCUUAGGUAAUAUGUACAUAUAUUCGAUAUUCGGCUUGACCACGCACAAAAUAUUCUUUUUUGCAUAUAUCAGGUAGUUACCUGGGAGUGAAAUUUGUCGCCGAAUUUUUAUUCAUA